AUGAAAUAUUCGACUCAAUCGUCGUCUUUAGUAGACAUGAUAUUACUUAAGGACAUGGCUAUUUGCUGGCAGCCUGUACUUAAGGAACUUUUUUCACCACAUAACUUUCAUCUUGAGUACAUUGGCUGUGUUGUAUCCCAACCUGGAGAUGAGGCACAAAAUUGGCAUUUGGAUGGAAUUCAUCGCAACAAAACUAUUCAAGAAUCAGUGGAUCGUCUGAAUGUGUUUGUGCCACUUGUAGCACUAAAUGAUGAAAUUGGAGGCACUGAAAUGAAAUUAAGGUCGCAUAUUCACGAAAAUGGAGCUCGUGGUACAGCAUUUGAAGACUAUCAAGAUCUUCCUAGUGUUAUUGCACAUAUCCAAGCAGGAACUCCCAUCAUCAUGGAUUAUCGUGUAUGGCAUCGUGGAUUGGCUAAUACAAGCAAAGACACUCUUCGUCCUUUGCUUUACUUUAAACAUGCCAAAAUAGAGACAAAUUCCGACUUAAAUAUUGCAAAGAAACGAAAACGAAUUACGCCAGUGAAAGUGUAA